GCGCUUCCCUAGGACAGAGGAGCAGAAUCUCGCGAGAUGUGAGCCAUACUGGCCACUGAAAUAAAUGGAGCCUUCGGAAUGUGACAAAAGAGAGAAAGUACUUCAGCAGCACCAAUUUUUUUGCCCUCCAAGGUUUCAGCUCUUUUUUUUCCUCGGCUCGUGAUGGCGACGGCAUCGUCGGCCACGACUCCGCCUGCUCACUGGAGCCGUUUUGACCAAGAGCAAGACCUAGCGGUACGGGAGCUCAUCCGGCAAGUAACCGGCCUGGAUGAGCGGAAUCCCGAAACAUCCAGCCACUUCCAAGCGGCGCUAAAUUUCGCCUGGUCCAACUUCAGGUUUCAUCAAUUUCUUGAUGUCAGGAGGCACAAAGUGGAGAAAAUAAUGGAAGGAAUUUAUGAAAAGCUGGUGGUUCACUCUGACCUUGUUAAAGCUGGAAGUUGGAGGAGACUAACAGAAGAGUUUCUGAAUUUGUCUCUUCCCACCACAGAAGGAACACAGACAGAUGCACAUUACGGCAUACUUUCACUUCUAUUAUGCUUGUCUGAUUCUCCUUCUAACACCUGCUAUGCAGAAGAACCAAGAGAAAAAGCAGUCGAAAAAGAGAAAUUUGAUUGGAGAAAAUAUUUAAUGGAAGAUGAAGACCUGGACUUUGUUCCUGAUCUAGAAUCACCAGAGUGGUCAGAUGUAAGUGAUGAAGAUGAUACUGAACCUUUGAGCAGAGAAGAUUCUGGCAUUCAGGUAGAUAGGACACCACAAGAAGAUCAGGAUCAAAAUAAGAAGUCAGCAUCUCUUGCCAACUGGAAAGAUGAACCUGAUGCACGUACCUGGUUAGAGCAACAUGUAGUGGCUCAGUAUUGGACUGGUAGAGUUGUUCGUUUUUCCCAUAGUUUGCAUUUUCAUUCCAAUUUAGCUUCUAUAUGGGAACAGCAUUUAUAUAAUAGUGAUCCAUUAUAUGUCCCAGAAGAGAGAAUUCUUGUCACUGAAACGCAGGUCAUUCGUGAAACAAUUUGGCUUCUUUCAGGUGUAAAAAAACUCUUUAUAUUUCAGCUGAAUGAUGGAAAGAUAACUGUGAGAAAUGACAUAACAGUAACCCAUUUGACACAUAAUUCAUUAAGAUCAAUGCUGGAGCGCAUAGCUGCCUAUGGGCAAGUGGUAUUUAGGUUACAAAAGUUUAUUGAUGAUGUCAUGGGUCACAGCUCAGAAAGUGGAAUACAUGGAACCAUAUCCACUCCCAAGAAAUCUGUGGAAGCCCCUUUUAGAACCUACCAGGCUUUUGUGCGAGCUCUCUAUAAAUAUUUCAUUAAUUUCAAAAAAGAACUUACAGAAAUUGAAAGAUGCAUAAUCAACGAAGAUACUACAGUUACCCUUUCCAUAGUCAUAGAUAAAUUGUCACAUCGAUUAGCGCAGCUGAAAGUGAUUCAUAAAGUUUUUAGCACUGGAGUUGCUGAAGUACCACCUGAUACCCGCAAUGUUGUAAGAGCAUCUCAUUUGCUCAAUACCUUGUACAAAGCAAUUCUUGACUAUGACAAUAUUGGGGAAGCCUCUGAACAGACAGUCUCUCUUUUGUUUUCUCUGUGGGUUGAAACAGUAAGACCAUACCUACAGACAGUGGAUGAGUGGAUUGUCCAUGGUAAUUUAUUUGAUCCUGCCAAAGAAUUUAUAAUUCAAAGAAACAAAAAUGUUUCUGUAAAUCAUAGAGACUUUUGGUAUGCUACCUACACAUUAUACAGUGUAUCAGAAAAAUCUGAGAAUGAAGAGAAAAUGAGUGAUAAUGCUAGUGCCAGUUCUGGCAGUGAUCAAGCACCAUCAAGCAGACAGCAUACCAUGGUUUCCUUUUUAAGGCCUGUAUUAAAGCAGAUCAUUAUGGCUGGGAAAUCCAUGCAGUUGCUAAAAAAUUUGCAGUGCAAGGAUGGUUCUCCACAGCCAGCUGCAACCCGAGGUGCAGAAAGGAAGAGCUUGUACAUGUUAUUUUUGGAAUCUGUGCAAUUGCGGCUACGUCAUGGAGAUGAACAUAUUCAAGAUACUUUAACGGAACAGCAAGCUACUAAAGAAAGCCUAAUAAAGAUGCAGUCCAUUGCAGAAAGACAUUUAGAAUUGGAUGAUAUUCAUGAUCCUUUACUAGCAAUUAAUUUUGCAAGAUUAUAUUUGGAUCACGGUAACAUACAUGAGACACUUUCUGCUGGUGAUGUUUGUGUAGAUAGGUCAUCUGAAUCAGUUACAUGCCAGACAUUUGAACUGACCUUGAGAUCCUGUCUUUAUCCUCAUAUUAACAAGCAGUAUCUAGAAUGUUGUGGGAAUUUAAUGCAAACUUUGAAGAAAGAUUACAGGCUGGUAGAAUACUUACAGGCAAUGAGAAACUUUUUCUUACUUGAGGCUGGGGAUACAAUGUAUGACUUUUACACAUCUAUUUUUGAUAAAAUACGUGAAAAAGACACAUGGCAAAGUGAAGCAUUCCUAAAUGUCCAGCUUCAAGAAGCAGUUGGGCAACGUUAUCCAGAGGAUAGUUUAAGAUUGUCAAUUCUAUGUGAAAACAUUGAUAUAGGAAAGAAGAAGUUGCCUGUUCAUACACUAGAUGGCUUAAUACUGAGUUACAAGGUCCCUUGGCCAGUGGAUAUAGUUAUAAGUGUUGAGUGCCAAAAAAUCUAUAAUCAAGUUUUCCUACUGUUGUUACAAAUAAAGUGGGCCAAAUACAGUCUGGAUGUGUUGAGGUUUCAUGAACUAGUCACAGCAGCAGAAAAGCUCCAGAAUAAUAGAGGUAUACUUGAUCAAGAAGCAGUUCUUCAAUUUGGAUUUCAAUCGGAGCCCAUUAAACAACAAACUCACCGCAUGUUCCUUUUAAGAAUGAAACUCAUGCACUUUGUUAACAGCCUGCACAACUACAUUAUGACUAGAAUUCUUCAUAGUACAGGCUUGGAGUUCCAGCAUCAAGUAGAAGAAGCAAAAGAUUUAGAUCAGUUAAUCAAAAUACAUUAUAGAUAUCUUUCUACAAUCCAUGAUCGUUGCCUCCUGAGAGAAAAGGUUAGUUUUGUGAAAGAAGCAAUAAUGAAAGUUCUGAACCUAGUAUUGAUGUUUGCAGAUCGUUGGCAAGCUGGUUUGGGAGCCUGGAAGAUGGAAUCCAUAACAAAGAUGGAAUCAGAUUUUAAAAACUGUCAUAUGUUUCUUGUGACAGUUCUAAACAAAGCAGUCUGUAGAGGCUCUUUUCCACAUUUGGAAUCUUUAGCUUUGUCACUCAUGGCUGGAAUGGAGCAAACUUAACAUGACAUUGAAGUAUGAAAUUAUACUGAAGCAACAACUUCUUUAAAACAUUGUGAUAUUGGCUAAAAUGUCCUAUGAUUUAUGUUGCAGGUAUUUUGUUUUGAUAAGUUACAAUACUUCAGUCCUAGGUUCCUCGUAUGUACAAUUGUAUAGGUAUUAUGCUUGAAAUUGUACAAUUGUAAAUAUUGAAACUAUCAUUAAUUUUAUAUGUGAAAUGUUUGUCUGACCAAACCAUAUUUUUAUUUUCCUCUGUGAGGCACAAACAUCAAAAUAAAUGUUUUAAAAAUACCUGUUUAAAUAUUUCCAUUAAGAUUACUAGUGCAUAAGUUAUCAAUUAUACUUAAAUGUUGUUGGAUUGAGUUUUCUUUUCCCCUCUUCAGUGUAUAAUUAUUUCUGAUGAAAUUAAAUUCAAAACUCUAGUUGCUGUGAUAAAUAUCAGAUUUCAAUAAAAUUGGCACUGGAAAAGUA